AUGACCCCCACCGUGGCUCAAAGUUCCAAUGUUCAAGUCUUGAAUAUGAGCCUUCCUCGGACGGGGAGCUUUUCCAUGAAGGCCGCAUAUGAAGAGCUUGGAAUGCCGACAUACCACGGAUUCGUUUAUAUCGAAAGACCGCAAGACCAUCUCCGCUGGUUCGAUGCAGUGCAGGCCAAAUACUACGGAAAUGGCAAGCCCUUCACGACAGAAGAUUUCAAUGAGUUGGUAGGAGAAUGGGCUGUUGUUUCAGAUAACCCGGCGAUCGGGUUCGCGAAAGUUGUACUUGUCUACCGAGAUCUGGAUAAAUGGUAUAAGUCAUAUGACGAAGGUGUCAUCAGGUCUUUCUUCACCUGGAAGAUGUGGGCUGUACUUAAUCUGAUCGAGCCUCUCCAAACGCUGAAGCCCGUUACUGUUACAAGGGAUCUGCAGUACGCAAUGUUUCGCUGCAGCAAUCGAACGCAAUGGCAAAGAAACGCCAAGUUAAUAUGCCAGGAGCAUUCUGAGAAAAUCCGGGAGCUCGUUCCUAAAGAAAGCCUGUUGGAGUACAAGCUUGGCUCGGGAUGGGAGCCAUUGUGCAAGUUCCUCGGCAAGGAAAUCCCACACAAGCCUUUUCCACAUCUUAAUGAUGGCAAAGAUCUGAGCUAUGGAUGCGGGAUUUCCAACAGAGGGAGGUGA